GGACCGCCCAGGAAGGUCUGCAGGUCUCUUAAACUCCUUCAGGUCACAUAAGCGCAUCGCAGUUCUCCGGACAGCAUCUGAACUAACGAGCUGCCUGUCUGCUCUCCUGCACAGCGAGCAUAGCCACACAGCCUCGUGGAGCGAAGAGAGCAGCCCAGUUAGAGUCAUGGCUAAGAGCAAAGUCAGGCUGUACACCUGGGUGUGUUUGACUGCCCUGCCGGUGUUUUUCCUGUCCGGAUUUAUGGUGGGUUGGUUUAUUAAGCCUGUCAAAGAAGUAGCCACUCUGAUGCCUACUUACCAAAAUGAAAGAUGGAAACUCAUAUCUGAAAUGAAGGCAGAAAACAUUAGACAGUUUCUCCGUUCUUUUACGAAGCUCCCUCAUCUGGCAGGAACAGAGCAGAACUUUCUUCUUGCAAAGCAAAUACAAAGUCAAUGGAAGAAAUUUGGACUGGACUCCGCUGAGUUGGUUUAUUAUGAUGUCCUCCUAUCUUACCCUAAUGACACAAAUCCCAACUAUAUUUCAGUUGUUGAUGAACAUGGAAUUGAGAUUUUCAAUACUUCCUUCUUUGAGAUACCCCCAGGUGGAUAUGAAAAUGUGUCAGAGAUUGUCCCACCAUAUAAUGCUUUCUCAGCCCAAGGCGUGCCAGAGGGAGAUCUUAUAUAUGUGAACUAUGCACGUACUGAAGACUUUUUCAAGCUAGAACGGAACAUGAAAAUCAAUUGCACUGGAAAGAUUGUUAUUGCCAGAUAUGGGAAAAUCUUCAGAGGAAAUAAAGUUAAGAAUGCCAUGUUAGCUGGAGCCAUAGGGAUUAUCUUGUACUCAGAUCCAGCUGAUUACCUUGCUCCUGGGGUACAACCCUAUCCCAAUGGAUGGAACCUUCCUGGAGAUGUCGCCCAGCGAGGGAAUGUAUUAAACCUGAAUGGAGCAGGUGAUCCUCUCACUCCGGGGUACCCAGCUAAAGAAUACACCUUCAGGUAUGCAGAAAAUGAAGGAGUGGGAAUCCCCCAAAUCCCAGUACAUCCCAUUGGAUAUCAUGAUGCAGAGAUAUUAUUACGCAAUAUGGGAGGAAUUGCACCACCAGAUGACAGCUGGAAAGGAAACCUUAAUGUGCUUUAUAAUAUUGGGCCUGGCUUUAUAGGGAACUAUUCUACCAGAAAAGUCAGAAUGCAUGUUCACAAUAUCAAUGAAAUAACAAGGAUUUACAAUGUAAUUGGAAUCAUCAGAGGAUCCAUGGAACCAGACAGGUAUGUUAUUCUUGGAGGUCAUCGGGACUCUUGGGUAUUUGGUGCUAUUGACCCAACCACUGGGGCGGCUGUUCUACAAGAGGUUGUCCGGAGUUUUGGAAAAAUGAUGAGUGGAGGCUGGAGACCAAAAAGAACUAUUAUUUUUGCUAGCUGGGAUGCAGAAGAGUUUGGACUCUUGGGUUCCACAGAAUGGGCUGAGGAGAAUGCAAAAAUACUUCAAGAGAGAAGCAUUGCUUAUAUAAAUUCUGACUCAUCCAUAGAAGGCAAUUACACCCUUAGAGUGGACUGCACACCCCUUCUCUACAAGUUGGUCUAUAAUUUGACAAAAGAGAUUGACAGCCCUGAUGAUGGUUUUGAAAGCAAAUCUCUUUAUGAAAGCUGGUUGAAAAAGGACCCUUCACCUGAAGAUAAAAAUAUUCCUAGAAUAAAUAAACUUGGAUCUGGGAGUGAUUUUGAAGCUUAUUUUCAGAGGCUUGGAAUUGCUUCAGGUAGAGCCCGUUAUACUAAGAACAGGAAAACAGACAAAUUCAGUAGUUAUCCAGUUUACCACACUAUUUAUGAGACUUUUGAGCUGGUCAACCAGUUUUAUGACCCUACCUUUAAGAAACAACUUGCUGUAGCCCAGUUACGAGGAGGACUAGUAUAUGAACUUGCAGAUUCCAGAAUCAUUCCUUUCAAUAUUCAAGACUAUGCAAAAGCUUUAGAAAACUAUGCUACCAGUAUCUAUAAUUUAUCCAAGAAACAUAACCAACAGUUGAAAGACCAUAAAGUAUCAUUUGAUUCCUUAUUUUCUGCUGUGAGAAACUUCACAGAUGCUGCUGCAGAUUUUCAUAGAAGACUUGCACACAUUGACUUUAAUAACCCAAUCGCAGUGAGAAUUGUGAAUGAUCAGUUGAUGCUAUUGGAAAGAGCUUUCAUUGAUCCCUUUGGUUUACCUGGAAGGCAGUUUUAUAGGCACAUCAUCUUUGCUCCAAGUAGCCACAACAAAUAUGCAGGGGAAUCAUUUCCAGGAAUUUAUGAUGCCAUGUUUGAUAUUGAAAACAAAGCUGAUCAACACAAGGCCUGGGAAGAAGUGAAAAAACAGAUCUCCAUCGCAGCAUUUACAGUUCAAGCAGCAGCAGGGACUCUGAAGGAAGUGUUAUAAGAAUAUGGCAGCAGAAACCUCUGCCUGUGUGACCAGCUACAAGCACUACUGGGAAGGAAACUGGAGGACAAGAGUCACCUCCAGUUUGUCUCUGAUAACCCAUGAAGUUUAAACAAACAAAACCUGCAUAACUGCUAUUUUAUAUGACAUUCUUCAUCCAUUCACUUCCAAGUGCUUUAUCAAUUUAGCUAAUCACCUAAUCACCUGCUUGCAAUUACUUAAGAAUUCCCCCUUUGCCCAGCUGAAUCAGAGAAAAGACAUUGGAAGCUCUUUACACAUGCAUAGUUCUAUUACAUUUACAUUAGCAGAGAUUGAAACAAAAAUCUUGAAGCAAUAGGAAUCAAUUUGGCAAAAUGUAGCAAUUUGAAGUAGCAGCUACAGUCCUCCAGCUUGAUUCAGGCCAAGAACCUAGCUGAGAAACAGAAAUCAGAGACUUUAAGGGAUACCACCAUUAUGUGGUGUUCUAGUCUUCUAAGGGCAAAUCCAUCACACUGAGUAGAUCAAAAGCCCUAGUUACUUAACUUGAGAGGAAUCACUUCUAAAUAUCCCUUGACAAUGGUUUUGUACCUUCUGCUUGAAGAUCUCCAAUGAUGGGAAACUGCUACCUCCUGAGGCAGAAGGUCCAUUUUCAGAUAGAAUAAAUUGUUAGGGAUUUUUUUCCUCAUAUCAGAUGUAAAUCUGCCUCAUUGUAGCCCCCCCCCCAACCCUCCUUAUUGUUCAAAGCUCUGCCCUCUGAAGUCACACAUAGUAAACCUAAUACUCCUCCAUGUGAUGGCCUUCAGAUAUUUAAGGACAGGCCUAUGGAUGUUCUUCCUCCUCCACUGAUCCAUCCUCAAAUCCCAUCCAAGUUUUCUCUUGUCCCCUUCCCCCACAAGGCUAAAGAGCAAUAUUUCCUUCAGCCAUAGACUCCUGCCAUCUUAGGCACUUUCCUGUGAACAUGAACCAGCUUGUCUUUGCCUCCCUUUAAAGAAACAAGAAUAUUUCAAGUGUGGUCUGGCCAACAAAGAUCGCAGCGGAUUGUUAUUUCUCUUUUAUUUCUGUUAGCUUAGUCUAAGAUCACAUAAGUAUUGGAGGGGGGCAGUAUCUGACAUCUGACUGUAAACUCAUGUUCAGUUUGCAUUCAGCUUUAAAAAUGGAACCUUAAGUAUCUUUUAAAAAAAACAACAGCAGCAGCAACAACAGCACAUCAAUAUUGGGCCAUGUGAAUUCAGUAAUACCAAAGCUUUAAUAAUUUCGACAUUAAGUAUCUACUUCAUGCACAGCAUUAUUCUAGUCACUAAGAAUAUAGCCACAAUUAAAAGCUAGACCUCAUCUGGCCUCUAGAAACUUAUGUUCUGAUAAGACAAGUACAGGGGGGAAAAAAAGAAUGUAAAUUUGAAUGUGUUAAGUCUAAAGGAGAAAAUAAAGUUGGGCCAAGAGAUCUGAAAAGGAACAUGUUGUUUUUAAUCUUGGAAUGGGGAGAUAAGGUAAAUGAAGUGGCACCUGAACUCACUUGUUAAUCUUCACUAUCUGCACUAUAAGUGCUAGUGCCACAAAAUUAUAAUCAUUUAUCUAGAGAUUACUGUUUUAGAUUUGUGUAUAAAAUAACAUUAGUGAUUUAAUAAACUUGGUUAUCUGAAAUUUUGCCCUCCUGUACUUUAGGAACAAAAAUUAGUAGAUGCUGGAUUUCUAGAAGUACAUAUACAUUGACAGUAGUUAGCCUGAUUUCCGAACCAUGAAAUGGAAAAAAAACCCACCCUUCAAUACAUCAUAUAUGUAAUAUAUAAUGCAUACAUAUAUGUACAUACAUAUUAUAAAUAAUAUAUUACUUGUAAUAGUAGUAUAUUAAUUGUAAC